AUCAGAGUUGUCGCAAUUCCUUUUCCAACGCUGACCACAAUGUCUCUGGCUUUGAAGACGGCAGUUGCUGCCGCUGGACGACGAGCAGCUACGCGACCGGCGGGCCUUUCCGCGCACCGGUGGCUGCAUACAACGCGGCCGACCUUGCAAGCGGAACCUUCGUCGUCGUCUCAGUCAUCUAUUCCCUCUUUUUCGUUAUCUGCGGCUCAGCCAAUGGUGGAGUUAGCGAACAGAGAUUCCAACCAGUUCAGUCUCGAGCACCCACAGAACAAAUCAGAGUAUAUUCUAUCUACUGUGGACAAGAUUGCGAAUUGGGCGCGACAAAGCUCGCUCUGGCCUGUAACUUUCGGUCUUGCGUGUUGCGCAGUGGAGAUGAUGCACAUGGCUGCUGCUCGGUAUGACCAGGACAGACUGGGUAUCAUUUUCCGAGCCAGUCCUCGGCAGAGUGAAGUUAUGAUUGUCGCCGGGACACUCACGAACAAAAUGGCACCUGCAUUGCGGAAAGUGUAUGACCAAAUGCCUGAACCUCGAUGGGUGGUGUCAAUGGGCUCGUGCGCCAAUGGAGGUGGAUAUUACCACUAUUCCUACUCGGUUGUUCGUGGAUGUGAUCGUAUCGUUCCGGUUGAUAUAUAUGUACCCGGAUGUCCCCCGACAGCAGAGGCGCUCCUAUACGGAAUGUUGCAACUACAACGCAAGAUGAGACGCAGCAGGAAAGCGGUUCUUUGGUACCGCAAAUAACUCUUUUGAAAGGUUGAUGGUUACAGUCGUAUAUAGCGUUGAUUCUAAAUAGUGUAGAAUCAAACUAUCUUUGCAAACUAUUUCAAUUGCCGUCCUUUUAGCGGAGCUUGAGACAAUAUGUACAAACGGAAUCGCAAAAAGAUAAAAAGUAGAAAA